AUCAUAACGUUGCUACCACUUUAGCAACAGUACCAUCAUACUUAAAUUGUACAUUAUUAAAUUUGUUACAGGAAAUUAAUUACUAUGUAGAAUAGAGAACACAUAUAGGCCUGAACAAACGGAAUAUGCGGAGGGCGGUGUCAGGUGAAAAUCUGACACUUAAACCAAAGGUCCCCUCAGAGAAACAUGAUGUGUUGUUUUCUAAGGCCAGAUACUUUCUAAACCAGAGACAUAUCAAACGGCCCUGGUUUAACCUGAAUCCUUUCUUGGAGAAGACAGAUGAAGAUAUAGACCUCGAGAAUUUUCUACCAGGAGAAAGCAAAUAUAUUCAACCACUCGAGUCUCUGGUUUUAUGUGAGAGCGUUCAUAGUGAGAAGCCUGUAGACACAAAGGAAAUAUCUCUUGAUGUCUUUUUCCCUUACCUUUUUUCCACUGCAUGGGACAAGGGCUGUUCCCUCCGGAUUCUAGAAGGUCAGCUCCUUGAUGAGAUUCUCCUCGGACUUUAUCGUUUAGAAAAUGAAGAGGAGGCGGUCCGACACACCACACAUGCUCUUGCUAAGAACCGACGCCCAAGAUCCGGGUGUUACAAACUGCAUGAUGAAAGGUAUGCGGGCAAUAUAGAAGAAACGCUGUUAAUUGAAUUUGCACAUUUUGGACGCUUGAUAAAGGAAACACCGAAUAAGAAGACACUGGAUGCAUUUGAAUACCUGAAAACUGAUCUAAACACAGAGGAAAACACAUCUGACACACAAACGCUUCCAAGACUCUUAGAAAAGACCGAAGAACCAGCCAACUGCCAGGGAAAAGGAAUUGACAUAAACCAAAAGAGGGAAAAUACAACACGUUUAGUUCCACCUAACGAGUCGCAUAAAACCAAAACGGGCAUCUGUAAGUCUAUGAUAAACAAACAUGUGAAAGCGAUGAGUUUCUUGAAAGCAAUGGCUCCUAAUAAUAAGCAUCAACCAUACCAAGUCCUGCCUCCAAUUCAACAAAGCAAACAUUAUUCUCACAAGUCAGUUGAUCCCCAGCCUUUUCGUCUUCAAAAUUCUAUACCCGGUACAUCGCCGUCGUCUGAAAGCAGACAACACUCUGUCAUAGACAGGUCAUACUUUCCAUCAAACAGACGACAUCCUCUUGCGGUACCCAAAUCUGUAUCGGAAAGAGCACAAUUGACCUCUAAGUAUUUGGAUCAGAAGAGGCAAGGAAAGGCGAAUUCGAAUAGCUUUGACAAUCAGGACUUCAAAUGUAAAAUAUAUUCCAUCAACUUUGAUGACGAUUGUAUAUCAGAAAAAAGUGGUGUAAUAGAAGAAGAGAACCAGCAAAAAGAAACAAAGGAUGAAUUCUUCGGUGAAGAGUUUUAUCUUUCGGACCAUAAAGGAGAAUGCAAUAAGUAUAUUAAAAGUGCCAAACUGAUUCUUGAGAAAAAGAAGAUGGAACUGCAAGCCCGGCGCAAAGAAGCUGAAUGUCGUAAAAAGAUAGAAGCAAAAGGUAGGAAUGUUCUCAAGCUCCCUGAACUACCAAAAAUAGAUAUGGAAAAUCUAGAGCCAUACAGAAUGUUCAAUGAAACGAUAAAAAUGCCUGAUGAAGUACCUACACUUGAAGAAUUUGUUCAAAUUCUUAAAUGUGACGAAUACUACGAUCCAAGAUACAGAAAUAAAGGCCGUCAAAAGAGUAAGAAAAUUGCUGACAGGUACUACAUGGCUAAGGAGAUGUACAGGCCAUCCAAGGUGUGUAACACUGACGAAUUAAGAAAAACUAAUGCAAGUCGCCGUGGUUCACGCAAAUCAGUUUGUUCAAUGUCAAGUAAAAUGAAAGAUUUGAAUGAGGAUAAGAGCAAAGGACGCCCUGUUCGCUUACCAGCUUUGCGUGACUCGUGUCGAUCUACAGACAACUCUCUUAAACUACCUGAUAUAAAGGAAUCACGCUCUAUAAAAAGUAUGAAUAAACGUGGACUAGAAGUUUUGGGAGUUACAGGCUCUGAACCAUGCAAAAAUCACUUCAUAAACUGUAGGAGACAAACAAAAGCUUUCGUUGCUGGUCAUUCUCAUGCAUCGAUAAAUGGUAAACUAUUUCCAAAGAUGAUACAGAUUGUGUCCGAUGGCGACAUGGAAUCUUUAGAUACAGACUCAAAUGAGUCAUUGAGUGCAGAAAGUUUAGAGGAGGAAAAUUUUGAUACUAAUAAACUUAACAUGAAAUACAGCAUUGAACGCAUUAGAAAGAAACGACGCGGUAAAGCGAAAAAGAAAGCGGGAAUCAUCGGAGCUCUUGCUAAAUAUUAUAACAUGCAGAAUAUGUGUUAUUCGUUGAAAAAAAGUCCUGACAAUAAAGAAAGUAAUAAGGGGAUAACGAAGAUGAAAACGUUUGGCAGGAAUAAUCAACAAGUGAAACAAGACGAAGAGGAAGAGAUGGUUAUCGGAGAGCUAAAAAAGUUUAAGUUUUUGAAUGUCCGAAACAAAAAGAAAUUAAACUUGGAAAAAAUACCGCGUGGGGAGUUCACAUCAACAAAUCUUGAAAACUUUCAUCAGCAACUUAAAGAAGCAUUAGACAUGUUUGUUGUCAGGCGGGAAAUAGUUGUUUCUGACAUAAACACUUUUUAUACUGCAACUACGACUGUUACUUUUACAAAAAUAUCAUGCUUCCAGUUCGAGCAAAAGAGAAGAGAAGAGUUACAACCAUGCUGAUCAAAGCAGCCUUGUAUCCACAUCGUUGCAAAAUAAUAAAAUAUAUAAGCUUUAA